GAGAGUGGGAGGUGCUGCAUUAGUGCGGUGUAGGCAGGACGCAGUAACCGCACCAGCAGCAGCCUGAGCUGAGGGACCUAUUGUUUCUCUCACUUUUUCUCUUUUUUUUUCUCCAUUCACCUUCACAAAGCAGGGAAAGAGACUGAAAGAGAAAGAGAGAGAAAGGAACAGGAGGAGCAGAGACAGCCCAGUGGAUUACCCUUUUCCUGGAGGAAUCGUGUGUGUACACGCAAGAGUGAGGGACAAUAGCAGGCACACGUUACACCCUCUGCUCGUCUGCUUGUCUCUAGUGUUUGUGAGCGUGAGCGCGUGUGCAGUGGACUCUGUCAGCCGUGGAUCUAAGUGGCCGGACUGAAGCCAUGAGGCUGGCACUGCCAGCUACCUGGCUCCUCAGGGUGGCUCUGCUCUCCAUGCCACUAUUGGAUGUGCAGACACAGACCAUCACCAACCACAAACCCACCUACAUCUGGCAAACAGGGCCCUGGGGCAGGUGUAUGGGCAGCGAGUGUGGUCCAGGUGGGAGUCAGAGCAGAGCGGUGUGGUGUGCCCACUCAGAGGGCUGGACUACUCUUCAUGCCAACUGUCCACAGAGCGAGCGGCCUGAUAACCAACAGACAUGUUUCCGCGUCUGUGACUGGCACAAGGAGCUGUAUGACUGGCAGCUGGGGGCAUGGAACCAGUGUGUGCCUGUAUCCCUGCGCAACCCUGCAGUAACACGGCCAGCGGUGUGCACACGAGGUGAGGAAGGCAUCCAGACCCGUGAGGUGGCCUGUGUCCAGAAAAGCAACAGUGCACCCGCAGAAGAUGCCAUCUGUGAAUACUUUGAGCCCAAGCCGAGGCUGGAGCAGGCCUGUCUCAUCCCAUGCCCACAGGAUUGUGUUGUCUCUGAGUUUUCUCCAUGGAGCUUAUGCUCAAAGACAUGUGGUAUAGGAUUGCAGAACCGAGUCCGGUCGGUCCUUUCUCCACCUCUCUUUGGGGGCUCGGCUUGCCCCAAUCUUACUGAGUUCGAAACCUGUCAUGAAGAAGAAUGUGAGGGUGAGGAGAGUAUGUACAGCAUCAAGGUAGGAUCCUGGGGGGACUGCAGCAUGCCCCCUUCACGCCAGGCCAGGCAAGUGGAAGAAACCCAGCCUGAACCACCUGACCAACCCAAAAGACUAGAAAGACCUGACCGACCCAAACGACCAGAUAGACCUGACAGACCCAAACGUAAGGACCGGCCAAAUCGCCCAGAUCGACCAAAACGAAAGGAUCAACCAAAUCGUCCAGACAAACCGAAUCGCCCAGACAGACCAAAACGUCCAGACAGACCAAAACGUCCAGACAGACCAAAUCGCAAGGACAAACAAAAUCGUCCUGACAGGCCAAAUCAGCAAGACAGGAAUCAAGCAAGGCAAGAACGACAAGCCAAAAGGCGUAAGAACAAGGAGCUGAAAAGAGCUAAAGAGGAACGGGUAAGGGACAGAGUGCGGGUGAAGGACCCAGAGACUCGAGAACUCAUCAAGAAGAAGAGGACAAGGAACCGGCUAAACCGACAGGGUGGAAAGUUCUGGAAUCUGCAAGUGGGCUACCAAACCAGGGAGGUGACAUGUGUGCACAAGAAUGGGACCACAGCAGUACUGAGUUUGUGCGAUCAGCAAACACUUCCGGUCACAUAUCAGGCUUGUGUCACCACCAAGGACUGUGAGGUUACCGAGUGGUCUGAAUGGUCAUCCUGUUCAAAAGAAUGCUAUGAUCUGAACGGUCCUAAGGGUCAGCGCACACGCACUCGCCAUGUUCAGCAGUUCAAUGUGGGUGGAGGAGCCGAGUGUCCCGGUCUGGAGGAAUCUGAGCCAUGUUCUCCUCAAGGGGAUGGAGUUCCACCAUGUGUGGCAUAUAACUGGAAGACUACAGAAUGGAGCGAAUGUAGGGUUGAUGUGCUCCUCAGCCAACAGGACCGUAGAAGGGGAAAUCAGACAGGUUUAUGUGGAGGAGGUAUCCAGAGCAGGGAAGUGUACUGCGUUCAAGUUCCCUCUGACUCACCAUCCAAUCUCAGCUUCCUCAAGAGCAAAGAUGCAUCCCGGCCCGUGAACACUGAUCUGUGUUUGGGAAUCUCACCCAACACCACUCAGGUGUGUCACAUCCCAUGUCCAGUAGAGUGUGAGGUUUCUUCAUGGAGUGCCUGGGGACCCUGUACUUUUGAAAACUGUCAGGACCAGAGCUCCAAGAAAGGUUUCAAACUGAGGAAGAGGAAGGUGUUAAAUGAGCCCACAGGUGGGACGGGAAGCUGCCCUCACCUGACAGAGGCCAUACCCUGUGAGGAGCCCAGCUGUUACGACUGGCUGCUGCUGAAGCUGGAGGAAUGCAUUCCUGACAAUGACAAAGAGUGUGGGCCUGGAACGCAGGAACCUCAAGUGCAGUGUGUGAACAGUGAUGGUGAAUUUGUGGACAGGCAAAUGUGCCGCGAUGCCAUCCUGCCCAUGCCUGCGCUAUGUGAAGUGCCUUGCUCGAAGGAUUGUGUGCUCAGCCCCUGGACGUCCUGGUCGCUCUGCUCACACACCUGCUCUGGAAAAAACACAGAGGGCAAGCAGACGAGAUCUCGCUCCAUAUUGGCCUACAACGCAGGAGAUGGUGGGGUUCAGUGUCCUAACAGCAGCGCUCUGCAGGAAUUGCGCAGCUGUAACGAGCACCCCUGCACCGUGUACCACUGGCAGACAGGUACCUGGGGCCAGUGCAUAGAGGACACAUCUGUUCCUGCUGCCAAUGGCUCGCUCACCCGCAGUGGAGCUGGAACCACUGGCACUGAGGCUUCCUGCUCUGUGGGCAUGCAGACCCGCAAGGUCAUCUGUGUACGUGUCAACGUGGGCCAAGUGCCUCCCAAGAAGUGUCCUGAGAGUCUGCGUCCAGAGACGGUGAGACCAUGUCUACUGCCAUGCAAAAGAGACUGCAUUGUUACUCCAUACAGUGACUGGAGCCCUUGUCCAUCAACCUGUCAAGGAGGUGGCACUACUAAGAGGAAGCAGUCCAGGAAACGAAUAAUCAUUCAGCUGCCUGCAAAUGGGGGUCAGGACUGCCCAGAAGUGCUUUACCAAGAAAAGGAGUGUGAGGCGCCUUCUGUGUGCCCUGGCUUCAGGUGGAAAACACAUAAAUGGCGGCGGUGUCAGUUGGUGCCAUGGUCCGUUCGACAGGACAGUCCUGGAGCUCAGGAGACAUGUGGACCUGGACUGCAAGCCAGAGCUGUGUCCUGCAAGAAGCAGGACGGUGGACAGGUGGACAUCUCGGCCUGUCUGAAGCUGGCGGGCCCCAUGCCCCCUCUCACCCAGGCUUGCCAGCUCCCAUGUCAAGAUGACUGCCAGCUGACUGCAUGGUCCAAGUUCUCAUCCUGUGCAGCUGAUUGUGUGGGGGUGAGAACUCGUAGGAGGACACUCGUAGGUAAGAGUAAGAAGCGAGACCACUGCAAGAAUACUCAGGUGUAUCCUCUAAGCGAGACCCAAUACUGCCCCUGUAAUAAGUACAAUGCCCAGCCUGUGGGCAACUGGUCCGACUGCAUCUUGCCUGAGGGAGGCCGUGUGGAGGGUAUCCUGGGCAUGAAGGUUCAAGGUGAUAUUAAGGAGUGUGGCCAGGGCUAUCGCUACCAGGCCAUGGUGUGCUACGACCAGGAUAAUCGCCUUGUGGAGACGUCUCGGUGCAACAGUCAUGGAUAUAUUGAAGAAGCGUGCAUUAUUCCAUGUCCAUCUGAUUGUAAACUCAGUGAAUGGUCAAACUGGUCACGCUGCAGCAAGUCGUGUGGAAGUGGGGUCAAAGUGCGCUCCAAAUGGCUCAGAGAGAAGCCCUACAAUGGUGGGAGACCAUGCCCCAAACUCGACCAUGUAAAUCAGGCUCAGGUUUAUGAGGUAGUACCAUGCCAGAGUGAUUGUGGUCAGUAUGUUUGGGUAGCUGAACCUUGGAGUGUCUGGAAAGUCAGCAAUGUUGACUUGAAAGAGAACUGUGGGGAGGGCGUGCAGACCAGGAAAGUUAGGUGUAUGCAGAAUACAAUUGAUGGGCCUUCAGAUCCAGUGGAGGAUUACCUGUGUGACCCAGAGGAGAUGCCUCUUGGAGCCAGAACCAGCAAGCUGCCUUGCCCAGAAGACUGUGUCCUGUCCGAUUGGAGCACCUGGAGUCGAUGCCCACUGCCAUGCAACAUGAAUAACACCCGAGAAAGGACUGCCAUCCCCAUCCGUCAGCCUGGUGAAUCAAAACAAUGUCCACCUACAACCGAGAAAGAGCCUUGCACUAUCAAUUCCAACUGCUUUCACUACUCCUACAACAUCACAGACUGGAGUACAUGCCAGCUGAGUGAGCGAGCUGUGUGUGGGAGUGGCAUCAAAACACGCAUGCUGGACUGUGUGCGCAGUGAUGGCAAAUCUGUAGACCUUAAAUUCUGUGAAGAGCUUAAUCUUGAAAAGAAGUGGCAAAUGAAUGCUUCUUGUGUGGUUGAGUGUCCCAUCAAUUGCCAGAUGUCUGAUUGGUCCUCCUGGUCUGAGUGCUCUCAUACCUGUGGCCUUGCAGGAAAGUUAUGGAGACAGAGGACUGUGAUCCAGGCAUCUCAGGGUGAUGGCCGUCCUUGUCCCUCUCAGCUGGAGCAGUGGAAGCCGUGUCCUGUUAAGCCCUGCUACAGCUGGAGAUACAGCGCAUGGUCUACAUGUAAAGUUGAGGGUGCUCGGUGUGGAGAGGGCCUUCGCUUCAGAAAUGUGUCCUGCUUCGUGUCUGACAGCUCUGGGAGUAAUGGUGGAAGUUUGGUGGAUGAGGAACUAUGUGGAGAUCUGCAGCAGACCGUGGAUGGAGACACACAGAUUACUUUGGAGGAGGCUUGCACGUUGCCAUGCCCUGGUGAGUGUUAUUUGACAGACUGGACAGCAUGGAGUUCGUGUCAGCAGAGCUGCAUAGGUGGAGAUGAUCUCGGCCUUGGUUCGGUACAGGUACGAUCUCGAGCUGCGCUCGCUGAAGAACCGGAGAACCUCGAACAGUGUCCAGAGCAAGAGUGGGAGAGCCAGCCGUGCACAGAGGGUCGGUGUUAUGAGUAUAAAUGGAUGACUGGUCCAUGGCGAGGCUCUUCUCGACUAGUGUGGUGUCAACGCUCGGAUGGCUUAAAUGUCACAGGUGGAUGCCUGUCGACAAGCGAACCUGUGUCUGACAGGUCAUGUGACCCAGCCUGUGACAAACACCGCUCAUUCUGCACUGAGGCCGGAGUGUGUGGUUGCGAGGAGGGCUACACUGAAGUGAUGACGUCAGAUGGAGUGUUGGACCAGUGCACUUUGAUACCUGUUUUGGAAAUUCCCACAUUCCCAGGCGAUGUAAAGACCAUCAGGGCCAUGAGCCCCACUCAGGCUAGUGCAAACCUGCCCGGACGCUCUGGAAGAACCUGGUACCUGCAGCCAUUCGGACCAGACGGAACACUGAAGACCUGGGUGUACGGCGUGGCCGCUGGAGCUUUUGUACUGCUGGUCUUCAUCGUCUCCAUGUCUUACUUAGCCUGCAAAAAGCCAAAGAAGCCCCAGAGAAGACAGAUGAACAACAGACUGAAGCCUCUGACGCUGGCUUACGAUGGUGACGCUGACAUGUAGCCUUCUGCAAACACCCCCCCCCCCCA